GCGGAAGACGUCGAAAGGGUCCAUUCUGUCCGUGCAUAUCGCCAAGGAGGCCGGUCAGCUGGUCUUCUUCGUGAACAGCCCGUGGUGUCCCAAGCGCAGCAGCGGGAAAGAUGCCGGACUAUGGCAGCUGCUCUCCAAGGCGCCGCGGUACGACUCGCCGUUCGCUAACAACAGCCUUAUGGACCGCCUGCUGGGCGAGAUCAUGGCGCUGGAGGACUCCUUCUGCAGAACUCCGAGAUUAGGAAGUGGCAGCAGUGGUGGCGGAGGAGGCAGCAUCGGGGGCAUAGGCAGCAGCAGUGGGCGGCACAGGAGGGUGAAGUGGAGGUCGCUGGACGCCUUUGUGCGUCGCCUGCACGCCAGGCGCAGGGCGCUCUCGCACCUGCACCCGCCCCCUCACGGCCUCUGCGGCUGUGUCACCCUUGAAGUCAGCUGGAGCGACGUGCGUGGGCUCCGAUACGAGAACGAAUUGCAGGCGGAAGCCAAUCUAGCCAUGGAGGUGACGCGUGUGGUGAAGCGCGAGUUUGACUCGUUUGACCAGGCCGUGCACGCACAUGCUCUGCGCCUCUACCCCGCCACGCCCUCACAUGGAACCACGCCCCUCCACGGUGCCAACCAAUCCCACGCCUCCGUGCCUGCUGCCAGUCCGCGUGUCCCUGCUGGUCCGUGGAUGGGGGGGAGCGCGAUCAGUGGGAAUCGUGUAGGGCCAAAGUCUCCUCUUGGGGCUGCUGCUGCUGCUGGUGCUGCUACUUCUGGUGCUGCUGGGGUUGGUGGUGGUGGUGCUGCUGCUGCUGCUGCUGGGGGUGGUGGAGCAUUGUACAGCAGUGCUGCAAGCAGUUUCGCUGCUAUCAGUUUUGCUGGAAGCAGCAGACUAGCUGCUGCUGUUGCUGCUGCAGAUGCUGGUGAUGCUGCUCGUGCAGCUGCUUCCAUUGUCGAUGCUGCGUGUAAUAGUGGCUUGUGGAGCAGGCAAGCCCAGAUGUGCAUCGGCUGUCCUUUUCGCAGUCCUAGAGAAGCUUUUGGGAGCUCUCAAAAGCUAGGUAGAAAGGCGCUCUUUCACGAUCAGCAGACCCCGCCGUGCACUCCAGUACCUUUCGGAUUGCACCCUGCCGCGGCUGAUACUGCUGAUGCUGGAACGAGAGAGGAGCUUGUGGCGUUUCAAAGCACACGAAGCAGGAUCUCAGACUCGCAGCUGUGCAACCCUCCACACCAGCACCAACGCCACCAGGAGCAGGGGCAGCAGCAGCAGCAGCAACGCCAGCAGCAGGCAGGCACAAGCCAGUCCAGUUCGGACCUGCACACGUGGAUGAGCGAUUCCAGUGAGAGGUUUUCGGAGGGGUGCAGUGAGGUAGGCUUGCUAGAUGCCGAGCUUGCCACCCAAACUCUACUGGAGGGUGAGUGCUGCGAUGGCAGCAGUGGCAGGGCGGGGACGAAUGGCGGUGCAGCAGAGGAGAGAAUGUUGAAGGGAAACGAACCUGGUUGGCUGUUAGAAAACGAGUCUCGGUUGUAUAGGGGGGGUGAUGGUGCAGCAGAGGAGGGGGGGUCUUUCUUGAGUGGGGAGCCUAGCUAUAAAUCGUGCUGGGAGAAUGAGCCUCAGCUGUACAGUGAGAGUCGAUCCACUGUGCAUGAUGACGUGGAAGCAGAGUCAUCACUUAGUUUACAUUAUGACGUGGAGGCAGUUGGGAUGGAACUUAGUGCGUGUGAUUAUAUCGAUGCAGAGCCACAUCAUAACCCAGACAGUUGGGGGGAGGUGGAGGCAGAGUCACCGCCCAGUGUACAUGGUGACGUGGAUGCAGUUGGGGUGGUAUCUAGGGGUAUGCAUGGGGAGAUGGAAGCAGAUGGGAUGGUAUCCAAUGUACAUGUUGACAUGGAAGCAGAUGGUAUAGAAUCAAGUGUGUAUGAAGAGAUGGAAGCAGAGGUCUGGGAUAGUCCAGAGGGCUGGGAGGAGGUCGAGGCGGAAUCAGCAGAGACUGUAUGUGAUGAACGGGAUGCAGAUGGGGAAGUGUCGAGCGUGUUUCACGAAAUGGAAGCCGAGUCAGCAGAAGCAGAAUCAGCAGAAGCAGAGUCAGCAGAAGCAGAAUCAGCAGAAGCAGAGUCAGCAGAAGCAGAGUCUGCAGUGACUGUACAUGGUGGUGUGGAGCGAGAGCUGUUCCCCAGUAUUCUCAUACCUCGCCGCCUCUUUGUGAGCACCAGCUGCUGCCGGAGCGAGGAUGGGGAAGUGUGUGGUGAGGAUGAUGGUGCUGAUGUUGGUGACAGGGGCAACGGUGAUGUUGAUAGUGACGAGUGUGGAGAUGCGUACAGCUAUGAUGGGCACGAGGAGGAGGAGGAGAAUGAGGAGGACGAGGAGGAGGAAGACGGGAGGAGGGGCGAAUCUUUUGAUGACAGCUGCGGCAGUUGCAGUAGUGGGGGUGGUGGCAGUCGUGGCAGUAGUGGUGUUGAUGGUAGUGGUGCUGGUAGCUAUGAUGAUGAGAGCAACAGCAGAAGCUACUGCUCUGAUGAUGAUGCUGAUGGUGACACUGAGGGCGACAGCCGCGGCUAUUGCUCUGACGAUGGUGACGGUGACACUGAGGGCGACAGCAGAAGCUACUGCUCCACCUCCUCCUCUGCCAAACAACACCAACACCAUCGCCACCACCAACACCAACAUGAACGACAACAAUUCACCUCUCCUUCCCGCACCCUCCCCACCCAUUGUCACCCCUCCACCCUCCUCACCUCCCCCGGACCCCACCUCCCAUCCCCCCACCAACGCACCCCUCCCACUCACCUCAUCUACCCCUCCACCCUCCUAUCCUCUCCCAAACCCCUCCUCCCGGCCCCUCGCGCCCCUCCCACCACCAUCAUCUACCCAGACACCCUCCUCCUCUUCCGCUUCACCCACCCACACCUCCCUGCCGCCCUCGCUGACGUCAUCACCACCGACCAACGCCUGCUCCACCAAUUAGAAUCCGGCCUGCCCUCGUGGGCCGUUUUCCUCCAAUCCUGCGCCGGCCUCUCUGCCCUCUACCGCCCCUGGAUGCGCCCCCUCGUCGCGUACGCGUGCUUUAUAGUCUCCCUCGUUACAGUCCUCAUUGGCUUCUACGAUCUGUAUAAGAACAUCCCGGUGCUACAGGAAAUGCUGGCGCGGAUGCUGGGGCCAAUAUGGGCGGUAGUAGGCACGUGGGACAUGGGAACAAGGCUGAGAUACCUUGGCACAAUUCUCUUUCUGCAGAACUGGGAGCGGGCCUUCAAGUGGCUGUCCUCCUCUUGGAAAGUCAUCUCCCACGCGGUUUCCCUCCUCUCUUACCUUCUCUCUCUCCUCCUCAGGCCCUUCCAGCACCCCUGCUCGCUCCUCUUGCACACCGUCCUCCUCUGCCUCACCAAACUCCUCUCCACCGCAUGGAACCUCUUGUCCGCCCUCGGAAAGCUGGUUACCAGUAGCGGAGGGUUACUCGGUUACGUCAUGCGCCCGCUGUGGCUGCUGGGGCAGCACACACUCGUCCCGGUGUGGCAGUUACUGAAUGCAUGCUACCUGGCUGUAUACAGCACUGGAGUAGCCAUCUCUAAUGGCUGUCUGCUGCUCUAUCAGCUCCUCUCACAAGCCUACAGCUGCUCCGUGCUGAAACUCGCACAUCUGCUGUCUUCACUAGUGUCUUCUCGCGUAUCUUUCCUGUACAGCAACUGCCUGCUGCUGUAUCGGUUCCUCUCACAAGCAUGCAGCAACAGCGUGUGGAAAGUGGCUCAGCUUCUUUCGGCUCAGCUGUCGUUCUUCUAUUCACGAGCUAUGUUGCUGGGCCGGCUGCUUGGCAUGCUUCUUCACCCACUGCUGCUCCUUGCUCGUACCCUCUGGGCCAUAGGUCGAGCCAUCAUCCUGCCUCUAUUCCAGUUCAUCCACCUCCUCCUCACGCCUCUCCUCUCCGCCCUCCUCUCUCUCCUCAAGCUCCCCCUACAGCUGUUCCGCCUGCUGCUGCAGCUCGCCACCUUCCUCUACUCCACCUUUUCACACUCACUCUCCCACUCCCUCACGCUCUCCCUCGCCUCCUCCCUCAAAGCCCUCUCCCUUCACUUCACACACCUCUCCAAUACGCUCUUGCUUCACCUUGUAUACCUUUCUAAAACCCUUGUGCAACCUAUCACAUACUCCAUAAAAGCUUUCUCUUUCACCUUCGCAUACGGCUAUAAAUCUGUGGCAAAUAGCUUCUCCUAUAUCUCCAAGACCGUCUCCUCUUCGCUGCGAUUGGUCGUUGGGGCUCGAAAGCUAGGCUCGGCAACCAAGGCAGUGGGACAGCAGAUCUCCGCUGCAGGUUCGGCAAUGGGGCAAGUUUCCUCGGCUGCAGGUUCGGCGGUGGUUCGGUCGUCUUCCUCAUCCCUGCUGCAAAUGUGGCAUAACCUCUUCCAGAAGCUGUUCCGAGCCAUCAUGUGGAUCUUCAAGGGCGUGGGCUCCUUUGUAGCUGCUGCCAACAGACACCGCCUCAGCACGCGGCACUAUGUGCUGUCCCAGGCGCGCAAGCUGCAAGCCCGGGCUCUUCAAGCUGCUCAGCACGCCCAGUCAACAUUGAUCAAGUACGGCCGCAAGCUGCUUGCUCCCCGACCCAUUCCCACCGCACCUCGAGAAGUUGCGGCUUCACCUCGAGAGAUUCUUGAUGUUGCCGCACCAGCAGCGAGCGCACCAGCAUUGACUGCAGGGGGAGGGGUCGUUGCCACUCAUGACGGGGCUGAGGAGGAGUACUGGGAUGCGCUAGAGGGCAUCUCUGAGAAAGAACCUGAGGAGGGUUGUGAGGAGCAAUCGGAUUCGGAAUGGGACAAGUUUGAGGAGGAAGAUGAUGCAGAAUGGGACAGGAAUGAGGAGGAAGAUGAUGUGGAGGAUGAGCAGAGCGAGGAGGAUAAGGAGGAUGAGGGGGGUAAGGAGGGUUAUGGAGAUCUCCAGGAGGAGGGGGAGGAGGAGGAGGAAGAGGAGGUGUUUGGGGAUGCUCAGAGCGAUGCAUUCGAAUAUCCCCCCUAUGGAGAGGCCUGGGAUGAUUAG